GUCUUUGAGACUUGCGGAAACUCUGUGAUUCUAAAUCAUUCGUUUUUUGUAGUCCAAAACAUUAACUUGCUUGACCUUGCUGUUGGUCAUGUAACAUGCAAUGUGCUUUGUGGGCACAUGCAGAGAAACCUGGUUGCAGUCUCCUGUUCAGCAAUUUUAUUCCACUCGUUGUACAACAUAUCAUUUGCCAAAGACACGGUAAAUGACCAGGACAAACUUUUUGGCAAAUCACAGGAGUGGCAAGGAGUGUAAUGUUAGCUAAAACUACUUGUAAUCAUACUACUGGAGGAGGGUUAUGGGUUGAACGUGGACGUGUGUCGCACUUUGAAACCCACGCCCACAUUGACAUAGUACCUCCCACCAGGCAAAAUACUGUGAAAAUAGUGUCCCAUAAUAAAAGGGAAGGUGCCUCUCGUUCCCAUAACACAAGUUUUCUGGAGACUUGUGGGCAGAGAUCUGAUGAAAUCGCGCACUGUGUGCGCUUUCGGUUGCCUGAUUGCGUCCAGACUGAGGAGAAAUACGCAGACUAUCCACCCACGUCCUGUGGUCAACCAGAUCUGAUCACAAUCAGAACACAAUGGGACUUUUGUGCAUCUAGACUUGUCUUUUCAAUGCGAUUUUAGUAUUCUGAUAGCGAUAAGUCGCAUGUAGACACUUCCAGAUAGAGACCAGUGCUAGUUGGCAACGACCAUAGAAAAAGCUUUUUGGAGAUUAAGCUAUUACAUGAUGAAGUAGAUUAUGUGAAUGAUUGGCACUUUUAGUACACCAAUUUCCAAAAAAAUUAAAAUGUAUGGCGGGUUCAACUGGACUACGGAUGUGCGUCGCCGAUGGCUGGAAUUCAAUCUAUUCCUCUGAAUUCACCCAGCAAGCGGUUAUAUAAGGUGAUAUAAAGUAAUUUCAUCUAAAUGGUCCAGGAUGACAAUAAUAGGUCAAACACACCAUGUUAGUAAAGCUGGACACUGAAUGAAAGCAUGAAACAAGUGAGACCGUCUUCGGACUGAAUCAACUUGCAGUUGGCAACGUUCGUAUCCAAUUGCGUCCCCACCUUAUUGCCACAGGUUGAGCACUUGGCCUUUCACAAAUGUACUUGUAGCACACAGUGUUGACAUUGCUCUUCCUUUCGGACUCGAAUGUUACAUAUUUAGGCGCCAUGGCUGAGCACGGUGGCCCUCAUAGUAUGUGUUUAAAUAAGGUAGACUGUCACAGUUCCUCCACCUUGUCCUCCAGCUCAGAGCAAGAAAGUGAAAUAUCCACCAAGUUGAAAGUCAGUUUGACUGAGGACUAUCCGCAGAAGAAUGCGGAGAUUCUGAGCGGCCAGUAUGGGACUAAUUUAAUUUUGAUCGGCGUGUCCUUGAUGCUGGCUAUUGGGAACAAUGGAGCAUCCGUGAAGGAAGAGCACCUGCUGUCGUUUAUCACGACCCUCAUAAUCGUCCAGCUGCUAUGGAUGAUGUGGUACAUCGUGAGGAGAGGCAUGCAGAGUAAUUUAUUGGCAGAAAAGGAUGUGCAUGCUACUACCUCUUGGAUAAAAGGGGGUUUAACUCUUCUUGCGCUCCUCUCGUUGAUCAUGGAUGCCUUCAAUAUUGGAUAUUUUGUGGGCUAUCGAUCAUGCCUGUCGGCUGUUCUAGUGGUAUACCCCAUCAUCCACGCAACUCACACAAUAGCACAGGUGCAUUUCCUUUGGUUUCACAUCAAAGACGUCAUCAAGUCCUUUGAGACCUUUGAAAGGUUUGGCGUCAUCCAUGCAGUCUUCACUAACCUGCUGCUGUGGUGCAGCGGUGUGAUGUCUGAGGCCAAUCACUUGCUAAACCACCACAACACAAGGCUGACUGCCCUGGGCUUUGAAAACCUCACCAUGGUGGCUAUAGAACCUCAUUGUAAUUGCACUAUCAGUGCCUGCUCCAUGUUCGUCAACGGCCUCUACUACCUUUAUCCCUUCAACAUCGAGUACCACAUCUUUGUCUCGGUAAUGCUCUUCGUCAUGUGGAAGAACAUAGGGCGCACCAUUGACCUCGAGCACAACCGGAAAAGGCCGGCUACCAAGACCCAGGGGCUGGUAGUCGGCCCUAUCCUGGGUCUUGCCGCUUUGGCCAGCACCAUUGGCGUACUGGUGGUCUACAUCAUCCACGUGGAAGAGUCGCUGGACAUCCGGGAGUCAACCAUUGCAAUUUUCUACUACUACGGCAUCGUCAUGCUGGUGGUCAUGUGCUCGGCCGGGGUCACGGGUCUGCUCAUCUACCGUGCCGACCCCAUGCCCAUGGACACCACCAAGAACCCCUCCCGGAAGCUGGACACAGAGCUCCUGUUUGGUUCGUCGGUGGGCUCCUGGCUCGUUUCCUGGUGCAGCGUGGUGGCCGUGUCAGCCUCACGCAGCAGCCCGAGCUACCGCUGGACCAACCUGAUGUACUCGCUGCUCAGCAUCCUAGAGAAGUACAUCCAGAACCUGUUCAUCAUUGAGUCCCUCUACCGCCAGCGGGAGGAUGGUGAGAGGGAGGACACUGAGGUGGCGGGGCCUGCACCAGAGAUAUUCUCCGUGACCUCCUCCUUGUCUCCACCCUACAACGGAAUCAUCAACCAGGCGUACGAGAAUCCGGACAACGGCAGCGUCACGCUGGAGAAUGUGCAGAAGGAGAGUGGACAGGUGAAUGGGUGCCCACAGAAACUUUUGGAAGUGCCCCAUCAGGUGGAGAACAACGUGGAGGUGACCCCGAGCAAAAAGAGUCAGAUCCUGAAGAACAUCGCCGUCUUCCUUUUCAUGUGCAACAUCUCACUUUGGAUCCUUCCUGCCUUUGGCUGCAGACCCCAGUAUGACAACGGCCUAGAGGAGGAGACGUAUGGCUUCACCACAUGGACCACAGUUCUCAAUUUCGCCAUGCCGAUUACCCUCUUCUACCGCAUGCACUCUGUGGCCUGCCUUUUCGAAGUGUUCCGGAGAGUGUGACAAGACGAAGAGGGACCAAUGAGACAAGGCAACAUGCACAAGAACACUUGUGCAAUACAGGUCAACCAUUCAGGAGGCCAUCUUGUCAUGUACUUUGACUUCCAAACAAGCAUGGAAACACAUUUGUCACUUUAGGGGGCUUAUACUAGAUAAUAUGUCCCUUGUAGUAAUGCAUCUUCAGAAGCAUUUUAUAGCACCUGGUCUAAACAACAAAUGACAUUGAUAUGAGACCUUGGGUUCAAAUAGUAUUUCCGAAUCUUUCAAAUACUUUACCUUUACAUGAUUGAGCUGGCCAGGCACAAUGUAACCAAUGGAUUAGUAUUUGAAAGAUUUCAAAUAGUAUUUAUACCCAGGUCUGAUAUCACUUUGUUGUGUGUUACUGCACUAAAAAGAUAAAAUGACAUUUAGAUUUAGGUCUAUCGUAAGUGUUUGGGUUUGUCUUUUGAUUUUCAUCCAAGUGUCAUUGAAGUCAAGUGUUAUUUGACGCAUAUGUAAAUAGUUAAAUGUUUUGAUCUAGAACAGAUGUAAGCCAGGCUAUGUGGCAAUGCGUUAUGAGGGCAUAACAUGAUUAUACCAAGCAAAGUGCCAUACCACAUUCAUUUUUAUCAAAUCAACCACCGUGUUCACAGCAGAACUGUACUAUGAUUUGAAAAGCCAUAAACAUUUUUUUUGUUCUGCCAUUUUUAGGAUGUUCUCAUUGGUCAGAAGAAAACACAGGAAACUCAAAACACUGCUGUGUCAGACACUUGAACUACUUGGCUGGUGACUGUCUAGAGUCCUACAUGUACUGUAGUAUACAGUAAGCCAGCACUAGACUUUGAAUGCUCUUCUGUGUAGUAUUGGACUGUAGUUCUCACAAUCUCUCGCCAACGUUCAUUGGACUGUUGGCAAUACUUUCCCUUUAGAUUUUAAACUAAUGUACCUAAACAAUACAGACGUGGUUUUAUAAAAUAUAUUUAACAAUUUUAAUUAUGGAACAAUAUUUGUCUAAAAAAACAAACAGCGUGGUGUAUGUGGAGCUUCCCCCAAUCCACACUGAUCCUUCCCCUGGACCCAUAUUAAGCUUAGCCUGGUGGAACCAGCCUAUUUUCUGCGUUCACACAAAGCAGACACCACUUUUUUGGUAGACAGCUGAAGGAUGGGCCUGUUGUUAUGUUAUUGAAAAGGGAAACAAUACAAUAUUUGCACAGAUGUACAAUAUAUACAGCAUUGACUGGCAUUAAUUUUCCAAAAAGCAAAUAUGUUUGUUCAAACUGAAACAAUUCUGAAACUGAACCAUUUAUCUUGAUUGAAGUCGUUUUGAAAAGUGAGCAUUGAAAAUAAUCAUAUCCUGUGAAGUUGUUGAUUGAUGUUGUGAGGAAUUACUCAAAUGUAGCGCUACUGCAUAGUUAAAUGUAGAACAACAUAUUGAGGCUGUGGUGGAAUAUUGGUGGUAACUACUGUACAUCGUUCUCAGUUGUAUGUGCCAAUCUUUGGUCAAUGCUUAUUGGUAAACCUGCAGCAAUACUACAUCCUCUGUGGACAUAUCUGAAUGUACUAGAUUAAAGCUACUAUAGCCUACAUAGCCUCUGUGAUAAAAAUGAUUGUGAAAUUAUGACAAAUAUUUUAAGUUAACUUAAAUUCAUACUGUAGGUCAGGGGUCAAUCAUGGUUUAUUCAGCCGCGGCACAAUUCAUUUUCUUAAGCGGAUGGUCAGGGGGUCAGAACAUAAUUAUACAGUGCCUUCAAAGUAUUCACACAUCUUGACUUUUUGCACAUUUUGUUGUGUUACAGCCUGAGUUUAAAACAAUGUCAAGUGGAAUUAUGUUUGUUGACAUUUGAACUAAUUAAUAAAAAAUGAAAAUCUGAAAUGUCUUGAGUCAAUAAGUA